AUGGAUAACCCAGAUUCCAAAUACCAUAAAUUUCAAGAGGUUGAUCAUGCCGGGCAUGCAAUACUUUCACUUGAAGAUAAGGAGCAUUUACCGCAUGUCCUCAUCAAAGAGCGACCGGACAACAAGUCAAUACCCGGCUUCCUGAAAGCCGCUUCUCAUAAAAAUGUGGUCAGUCUCCUCUCUGCUUUCCACCAUUCCGGUGUAGUGUCCUUGGUAUACGAAUGCGAUUAUGUGAAUAUGACUGUCGCUUCAGUUUCUGGUUGCGCGGAAUUCAAGGAGACAGACAUCGCGACUGUCUGUCGAGAGGUCUUACAAGGUCUUGAGUAUAUUCACUCAGAACUGCGCAUUGCUCAUGGAUCGGUAAACGAUAAAAACGUUCUUCUUACCUUGUCCGGUGAUGUGAAAAUCGCAAAUAUAGGUGACAGCAUGCUGAACGCAAUGACUCUAAGAGACAGAGAUCUUGACUUAAAAGCAGUUGGUAAGAUUGCAAUGAAUCUCCAAGAUCGUUCUACAAAACUGGAAAACCUUGACGUUGAACACUGGACAUCCAACACUGCAUCGGAUUCAAUACGUCAAUUCAUUAAGAAUACCGGUGAACAAACGAUGAAUGUCCUAUUAAAGCAUGAUUUCCUCACAUUGAGCGGUCCAAGUUGGACCUUAAAACCAUAUAUAAUGGCAGCACUCAAAUUUGAUUCUGCUUCUCGCCGAGCUAUGGGCUUUAAAGAUUAG